GUUGCUAUAUACAAUAUCGAUGGUCAUCACCUCGCUGGACCACAGUGGUCUCCGGAUAUCGAACCGUCAGCGGGAUUUAAGCGUCGUCGCGGCAAUCCUGUUAUUGUACUCGAUCAAUGCACCGCUUGCGUUUCAAAAGACGAAAAGGAAGAGGCGCACUCACCAUUACUCCAAAAUGGAAAGAUGUUCAUCCGCCCUUGUCAAUGGAAGGACAAGCCAUGCGGCAUGUGGAUAGGUAUUACCAAGGCUCGAGUCAGAGCUCACUUCAAGGCCCAUCAUGGUGUCGUUGAAGGCAAGAGAGGUGGGGCUGCAACAGAAUUAUCUAAACAUUCGGAGAAGCUUCGAACAUGUCGUUGGAGCGGAUGCGAUUACCCCAAACCGAUGGUUUCUACAAGUCUGCUACGACACAUCGUCAAUACCGACCACUUCGGGAUGAAGUAUAGGUGCAGCAAUUGUUCAACAGACGUAG